AACACUAUGGAGCUAGCAAGAAAAGAGUUACCCUUUUACUUACAUUUUUGGGUUCAAGUCCAUGGAUUACCAAAUUUCUCUUUCACCCAACAAAAUGCAUUCAUGAUUGGUCAUUUUUUAGGAGAGUAUUUGUGUGUUGACAAAACUGUUUGGGGUAAGUUUAUGAGGAUUCGGGUCAAACUGGAUAUUAAAAAUCCAUUAGUCACUGGAUUUUGGGUAAUGCCGAAUAUUUGGAUUCCUUUCAAAUAUGAAAAUUUGGGAUUGUUUUGUUACAAAUGUGGUCGUAUUGGAAAUCAUCAAAACACAUGUAAAUUCCCACCUGGGAAUGAAAAGUUUGGUCCUUGGCUGCGUGUUGAAAGUUCGGGUUUUCGUAGAGUAAUGGAGGAGAAGAAGAACUCCAUGAUUGUGGUUGAGAAAGAAAAUUUCACAUUGAUUCCUUCACCAAAUCUAUUGGCAUGGCCAGAAGUGGAAGAUGAUUUUGAAAAUACUAUACCACCAAUGAAUGAGUGGGCGAGGUUGACGAUUGACGGAGUUGAUUCGAUUAUUAUGAUGGUGAAUUGUUCAGUAAUAGCAUACCGAGUAGCAGAGGCUAAUGAAGUUAAAGGUUAUGGCUGGUUGAUUGUCAUGAUGGCUGCUUAUUUCUUCUACUUGAUGCUCAAAUUCAAUGUUAUGGUCCAGCGUAUCGGUUUCUUUUGCAGUGGAGGAAGCACCAUGGUUGAGUAUAGUCAAGUGGCUCAGCUGAAGGAUUUGCUUAUCUUGCUCAUGUUUUGUGUUGUCUUUCUUGUGUCUUGUUGA